AUGGACGAAAGGCCUACAAUUCAACAAGUCGUUGAAACUUUAAAAUCAAUGAUUUCAUCACCAAAUUCAACUAUUGUUGAUUCAAAAGAAGAAGUGACGAUUAUUCCUUCUCCUGUUGAACCAUCACAACAACCUAGUUUAGAUUCAAAUGAGAUUUCACUAUCAAAAAUAUAUAACCUCAUUCAUAAUUUGGAUCAAUUCGAUAUCAACGUUUUCAAUGAUUAUUACUUAAUGGAAGGAAAUUUGCCAGAUACGACAAAUUUGAGCUCAAAGACAAGCCCAAGCAAUGGUUUGAAUGAAGCCUUAAUAAGUAAUUCUAAAAUAAAUAAUAAGAUGGUAGAAGAAUUGGUGGAAUCGUUUAUUAAUACGACGAAUGAAGGGAAAUCUCGUGAUCAACGACGUUCUAUCCUCGAAGCUUACUUGACAGAUCAUGAC